CUUAUCACAAAGUGGCCAGCCAAGCUACCAAUCCAUCUCGGUAUGGAUUGUUUGCCAGAAAUAGUCAUUUUACAAGUAUUUUCUUUCCUACCAGUAGCGGACUUGGGAAGGGCUGCCAAGGUUUGCAAUGACUGGCGGAGACUGGCGUACGACCACUCGCUGUGGAAGCGGGUCAACAUAAAGAGACAAGCUGCUAAACUUGACGAAGACACCUUGCACAUGCUUAUAAGGACAAGGUUUUCUCAUUCCCUUUCAAUACUUCACUUGGGUGGCUGUAAAAUUUCGCUCGAGCUGCUAAGUGAACUGAACAGAAAAUGCAAAAGUUUGAAAUAUUUGAUAUUUAGCCGUGGGUCAAAACUCCGACCGCCGACUCCACCUCCGAAGUACUCUGAAGUUACAUAUGAAUUCCCUUCCCAGCUGGAAUUGGUGGAAUUGAGGCCGAUCAAAGGAGAUUUCGCCUUCCUGGGACGGAUAUCAAGGCACUUCUGCGAAGUAAAAUACUUGGGUGUUGGAAAUAACUCUUCGAAGGGCGCGGUUCCCUCAAUGUUUACCAAGAUGCAAAGACUGGUUAUCCUGGACUGUACGAACUGCGAUACAAUUACAGACGAUGUUAUUGGUAAAGUCGCCGAAUGCUGCCCGCUCCUAGAAUCACUUUGCUUAAACGGAUGCAAAUACGUCUACGGACGGACCUUUUGUACGCUGUUCCGAUCGUGUUCUCGGCUGCGUACGAUUCUCCUCCGCUACACGCCAGUGCGAGAUGACUGUUUCGUGAUCCCUGAGUGGAAGUACGUUCCUGUAGAGGAAUUGGAUAUUUCUGCGUGUUCAAACAUAACACAGAUAGGCCUCAUUAGCCUCGUCACUCACGCCAAGACUCUGAGGUAUCUCAAUUUGUCCUACUGCGGCGUGGGUCGCGCGGUUACAGACUCGGUUUUACUGCAAAUGGCGCGACUCGACACCGGGACUAACUUAGAAAUGUUGGACGUGCGGUGGAGUUUAACUCUGACUCCAGAAGCAUUGUAUAUUUUGUCCCGAUCCUGCCCUAAGCUGAAAUGCUUAGGAGUGUAUCAGUCUUCAAGCAUCAACCCAUCAGCCAUGGCAGAGGUCUUAAGAAUGCUUCCCAAGCUAGAGGUUCUGGAAUACGGAGCGUUUGGUAAAGCCAGUAUCUCCGAAAGCAUGUUUUUUCCGAACCUCAUUCGCCAUUGUGAAUCUCUCGAGGCGGUGUCCCUCAUAAACUUUGCUUCAAUGGACUCGGUUGCGGACGCCGUGUUGAUGAACGCGCUGGUCGAGAACUGCCGUUGUCUUAAACGUAUAAAUCUUUGUGAGCCAGAUCCGACAUUACUCGAUUUAGUGCAAGAAUUACCUCCAUCCUCCAGGGCAAAGGUGACGCAAAGAUGGCAGUGUGUUCUACCGCCACCAGAUCACACUCUAGAUGCUAUUAUCGCCAGAUUAAAAUACAAUCCUCCACAUCCUCCUCAUCCUUAGCGCUAUAAUUUCAAAGACGCUGCAAAAAUGAAUUUUACAUAUGCAAUCUUAAAUACUUUAUUCGUUUAUGUGCGCUGGUUUUUUUGUGUUACUAUAGACCAGAGUCAUUGCAAAAAUACCAUGGACAUUUCUCUACUGAAACGUGAAAGAUUUUUUAUUCAGACAAUUCAUUACAGAAUCCAUGAAUAUCAUGGUGUUACCUGUAAAGUUAUCAAUUUUCACUCUCAACUUCAUUCACAUUCGCAUUCACAUUCGCUUCUGGUCGAUUUUAAGUCGUUGUUAGUUAGGCGAAGUUAUCAUUUUUGAAUUCAUUUGCAACUGGACUGAGUGGAUUUCUGGAGUUAACACUAAAUGAAGAGAAUUCAUUGCAUAUGAGUAUUUUCAGUUAGGAAUCAUUUUUUUUAUGUGCAUCACUGUAAUAAAAUGGCAGUUUGUUCUUUGAGCUUUGUUAACAGUCUUUAGAAGUUCUUGUUUUCUUAUAAAAAUUCUGUUGCAAGCUUAAAGAGGGCAGACACUUUAAUCGGUAGUGCGGUGUGUCGAGCUAUGUAUAGUGAGAUAGGGAGCUUAGUCCAUACAGUUUCACCAACCCUUUCCCCUCCCCAAAGUGUACCCUUUUAAGCUUUUAAAAAUCUGCAUUUCGCACCAGCAGUGCAAAUCAAGAGUCUAGGGAGGGGUUGGGUCGAGAAUCGAGCCGACGUUCGUCACUGUCUGAGAGGGCGCGGUUACAGUGGUCUUACAAGUCAUACAAAGCCCGCCUUCCUGGACAAAAUUUGUCUAUAACGUAAGAAAUAACAGGGAUGUUUAGAACGCAGACAAUUUAAAACGUUUGCGCUUUCCUAAAUUUUUAUUGUACUUACCAAACAACAAACAAUGUCAUAUAUAGUAUGUACGUCCUUGCACAAAAAAUAAGGAUAAAUAAUGUACACAAAAC